ACUCUCCGCUUUUCUGCGUAACCACGGUCAGUGGCGGCAGCUGCGAUCGAAUGCUAAUCCGCGGCGCUCGGUCCAGUCGUAUCGAACGGUUUGGACGUCGUCGAACGGUGAGAGGAACAGGGGAAGGACGAAAAAAAUCAACCAUUGUAUUGCGGCAGCUGUAGUCGGCCGAGCAUUACGUAAUCGUCGCUGUACCGGCUGGACGACGUUCUUGUAUUUAUUUCAUUAUCCCGAUACGAAAUAAUAUUGUACUGUCGGUUCGGUGUCUUUCUUUCAUUCCGUUUCCUUCCGUCUAUCGGUUUCACAUCGGUUUUUUUAUACUUUCACACUUUUUGUUUCGCACCAACUUGUAACUACCCACAGCACUAUACCCCCGUACGGCCGAGUGGUGACGUGUUUGUUUUUAUUCUUUUGAUUUUUUUUUAAUUCAGUGUACCUACACGCUUGUAAGCAGUAAGAUUUAAUAAUAAUAAUGUAACAUUACUUCAUUUCGGUACGACGAUAACAUGUUCUUAUCUGACGCUAAUUGUUGAUUCGGUCGUGGCGAUCGUUUCCCCCCUUGUUAUUGAAUAAAAACCAGAAAAAAAAACUCACGUAUAAGAAAUCAUUUAUUCGUGGCAGUGCGACGUUUUGAUUAAAAUGUCUAUGCUGACUGCAAACAAAAUGGCCAAUAUCGAAGACGAUGGAGCACUGAUGUCUGCAGUAACUGGCCCAAAAUUGAUGAAUCAAACAAGACCUGACUCCGAGUACGACGAAGAAGAUGACUUAGUAACGUCUAGGUCUACAGCUACAGGCAGUCCUCCUCCUGUCUCAGGAACUAUUGGUAAUUCAGCCGAAAGCGACGACGAUGAAAUAAUGGCUUCAUCUCCGCCUCCGCAAAUUCCGUCUACUGGUCUACCUGUUGGUAAUGUGACUCCAGCCACGGGCGUUCCACUGGCCACCGACCUAGUAGCAUCUAGUGGUUCGUCAUCAUAUCAAGUACCACAGUUUCCUAUCGAGCGCAUUGAAUGCAAAUUGGCAGCCAUUAGCAGCAGUCUAGCGAAAGAAAUGGAUGAAAAACGAGCAGCUGCAGCAGCAUUAGGAUAUCCAAAACCGACCAUGAACAAAGACGACCGGCAACUGUACGGAGAUAGCGCAACAGUUACGCCAUCAUCUACGGCUGCUGCAGGAGGUGAGCCACACCAACUAUCUUCCGAUAAUUGGCAACAAAAUCAAUCAGAAGACUAUGAAGGACAAUACGAUUUCGUACCACAUUUUCAACGAGUUACUAUUGGUGGAGAAGAUAACAACGGGGUCCCUUUGGAAGAUUUGCACUGGGCCUCACAACAACUUAUGGAAGCCUUACACAUCCGAGAACGUUAUAUGCGCGUGUCGCAUCAGACCUUUCCAACUAUCACGUCAAAAUGUUUCCAUAAAAAACACCCUCGGGCACAAGAAGAUUCUUCGUCACCUACCUCUGGAAACGCUUCCGGUUAUCAAACAUCGGACAGUGGUACGGAUGUGACCACCGCAAAUGGUGAACCUAUUAAUAAACCGGAAUCCAGGCAACCUUAUCCUAGAGCCCGGAUAAUCAAGCAUGAAGACCGUCAAUCGAUCGCGGGAACCAAAGAAUCUAAGAAAUCAUCCUAUAAUCCAUGGGCUGACCGACGAAGCUCGACAAUGGACGACGCGUUUACUGAUCAACUGUUGUUCGACAUUGCGUCCGGCCAAUACGAUCAUCCGGUACAUCCUCCAGCCAGCGUUGGUGAUCCAUGGCAGUGUGACUUUCCACCUUCAUUGGGCUACACGAUCCGUGCUCGGGACGGCGUAUUUCAAUUAUACAGUAGUCCCAAUGCCGAACAUCCAGUUCAAGGGUUUCCGUAUCCGAAUUUGGAUACGUUCUGUCGGGACAUGCAACGAUUGUGUACAAUGAUAUCUGAUGGACCGCUAAAAUCAUUUUGCUACCGUCGACUGUCCUACUUAUCAUCAAAAUUUCAAUUGCACGCGUUGCUUAAUGAAUUAAGAGAACUAGCGUCACAGAAAGCUAUUCCUCAUCGAGAUUUCUACAAUAUAAGAAAGGUUGAUACCCAUAUACACGCUGCAUCAUGCAUGAAUCAAAAACAUUUGUUAAGAUUCAUUAAGAAAACUUUGAAAAAUCAUUCUGAUGAAGUGGUUUCCGCCGAUGGCUUAACGCUUAAACAGGUUUUCGAAUCUAUGAAGUUAACGUCGUACGACUUGACCGUUGAUAUGUUAGAUGUACAUGCGGAUCGUAACACGUUUCAUAGAUUUGAUAAAUUUAAUGCCAAAUACAACCCUAUUGGAGAAUCUCGUCUUAGGGAAGUAUUCUUAAAAACCGAUAAUCAUAUUGGUGGUAAAUAUUUUGCUCGGGUCAUUAAUGAAGUGGCUGCUGACUUAGAAGAAUCAAAGUAUCAAAACGCUGAACUUCGUUUGUCUAUUUAUGGAAAAAGCAUUGAUGAAUGGGAUAAACUAGCCAAAUGGGCCAUUUCUAAUAAUGUAUAUUCUGACAAUGUUCGAUGGCUGGUGCAGAUACCACGAGUAUUUGACAUAUUCAAAUCUAAUAAUAUUUUAGACAACUUCCAGCAAUUGUUGGAUAAUGUAUUUUUGCCAUUAUUUGAAGCUACCAAUGAUCCUAAUUCGCAUCCUGAUCUCCAUAGAUUUUUGCAACAUGUUGUUGGAUUUGAUAGUGUUGAUGAUGAAUCAAAACCGGAAAAUCCAUUUGUUGACCAAAAUGUUCCUAAGCCAGCUCAAUGGACAGAAACCGAUAAUCCUCCAUAUGCGUACUAUCAGUAUUAUAUGUACGCCAACAUGACUGUACUCAAUCAUCUUAGAAUCAAACAAGGCUUUAACACGUUUGUAUUAAGACCUCAUUGCGGUGAAGCGGGAGCUGUACAACACUUGGUUUGCGGUUUUAUGAUGGCGGAAAAUAUAUCGCAUGGACUGCUUCUAAGGAAAGUGCCCGUACUUCAAUAUUUGUAUUAUGUCGCCCAGAUCGGUAUAGCCAUGUCACCGUUAUCAAACAAUUCAUUGUUUUUAAACUAUCAUCGGAAUCCAUUACCCGAGUACUUAGCUCGUGGUUUGGUUAUUAGUCUGUCAACCGACGAUCCAUUGCAAUUCCAUUUCACCAAGGAACCGUUAAUGGAAGAAUACUCAAUAGCAGCACAAGUAUGGAAAUUAUCAUCAUGUGAUAUGAGCGAGUUGGCCCGAAACUCUGUAAUAAUGUCCGGAUUUCCGCAUAGGAUCAAGCAGUAUUGGUUGGGACCGAAUUACACAAAAGAAGGGGUUGCAGGAAAUGACAUAUCAAGGACCAAUGUACCGGAUAUUAGAGUGGCAUACCGUAAUGAAACCCUUUUGGACGAAUUGGCAGUGAUAUUUGGCUCAUCUACACCAAAUAAUACAGCUAAUAUAUAAGGCAUACACAAUUUUAUUAAAUAUAAAUGCCAUAUAAAUUAAUACAUUAUAUUCCAUGCUUUAUUUGU